ACAUCGUUGGGAUCGAGCAUCUAUGACCACAGUUAUGUCAAUGGCCGACGCUAUCAUCGCUACCGACACGGCAGAUACCCAAUCCCCAACGAUGAGGCGGAGCAGAACCGCGAAGACAUGCUGCAUACCAUGAUGCUAGAGGCGACAGACGGCAGGCUAUUCUACGCCCCGAUUGGAGACUAUCCGCAGAAGAUUCUUGAUCUGGGCACUGGUACCGGCUUAUGGGCCAUUGAGAUGGGCGACAAAUAUCCGAGUGCUGAAGUUUUGGGAAUUGACUUGAGUCCCAUUCAACCCUGCUGGGUGCCUCCAAACGUCAAGUUUCUCAUUGACGAUGUGGAGGCCGAGUGGCUCAACGGCGAUAACUGGGACUUUGUCCACUUGCGCAACAUGAUACCAGUGAUGAAGUCGCCCGUCGCGCUGCUCAAGCAAGCAUACGACAAUAUCAAGCCCGGUGGCUGGGUCGAGAUACAAGAUGUAGACGGAGAUGUCCAUACCGACGACAAUACGGUCCCGGACGACUGGCCCCUCAAGCGGUUCACCGAACUGAUGCUCGAGGCGUUUGCCAAGUUUGGCACCAACGCUCAUGCUGCCGUUUUUGGAGGGCAGUACUUGGCAGAGGCCGGCUUCGUCAACAUCCAGCACAACUACAUCAAGCUCCCAUACGGCACAUGGCCAAAGGAUAAAAUCAUGCGGUUAGUUGGCAUGUAUUACCGCACUGCCUGCGAAGAGUUCUUCCCUGCUGUCGGAGCCAUUCACUUUCCUAUGCUCGGAUGGGACAAGGCAGAAAUGGAAGUCUUCUUCAUGCAGUGCCGCCAAGCGAUGCGCGAUCCCACGGUCCAUGCGUACGGCAAGAUGCACUUUUGGAGUGGGCAGAAGCCGUAUGAUGCGGAUUGA